AUGACGAAGAAGGUGGAUUAUUCCGUAUUGAGAGAUCUAUUACAUUCUAGUGCAACUUCGGCCUCAAGUGAUUCUGACUAUAGUGAUAAUAUGAACUUGAGCAAUGGAAAGGAAUCUUUGGUUUUGAUGCAUGAGAACUUGAAUUCGUUGUAUUCAACUGCUUGGGAGACAAAGAGAGCGACGACUUUAUCAUCAAUAACGGACCACGAUGAUGAUGACGAUAACGAUGGCGAUGAUGAUGUCGAUGGCGAACGCGGUAGUAUUGCAGCAAAGACUAGCGUCAAUUUCAAAAAGGAUAAUGCUCUGGUAUAUGAUCAAGAAGAAGAAGAAGAAGAAGAAGAUCAACAACAACAACAACAACAAGAUGGACAAAACUGCAUUUUGGAUGAAAAGAAAAUAGAGCUUGAAGAAAAAGAGGAAAAAGAUGCAGAAGAGCAUGAAGAAAAGGAAUUUGAACAUAAUAAUUGUAAUGGUGAUGAUCAGGACGAAAAAGAGCCUUCUCUGUUGACGCAUGGUGAUUGUAAGAAAACUGCUACAGAGAAAACAGUAUUUGUUAGAGGGCGCCCAGCUGCUUGUGUAUUUGUUGCUAGCUUGAGAUCAAACAUGACCGAUGAUGAUUUGUGCAUUUCCGUAACUGAUCAUUUCAAACAAUGGGGUCCCUUGGCUACUGUUAAGGUUUUGAGAGAUACUAGUAACCGCCCUUACGCUUUUGUGCAAUAUUUAUCGGAACAAAAUUCGAAGCUUGCCAUAAAAAUGGCACACAACUCUAUUUUAAAUGGAAGAAGUAUAAGAUGCGAGGCAGCCAAGGUUAAUCGUACUUUGUUUUUUACGGCUCGUUCGUUUCUAACUGAAGAUGUUGUAAAGAGGAUUAUGUCUCGUUUCGGCGAAAUUGAGGAGUUGAUUCCAAGCAACAUCCGUGGCCAAAUUUUUACCCAUUCACCUUUUGGUAGAGGUCACAGGAACUGGUUUUGCAAAUUUGUUUAUCGCGAUGACGCCAUAAAGGCGUUUGCUAGCUUGACUGAAGAAGGUGCAUAUAAUGUUGAUUGGGCAAAAAAUGUAGACGGGAGUAACCAAAGAACCACACAAUUUUCAAUAGCCCACGUUGAGAAUGAACAUGACGACCCUGAUAUGGAGCUCAAAGUAAAGUUUGACAAACUCUCAGUUUUUGUUGGCCAAUUGAGCCCCAAUGUCACUGAAGUUGAGUUGAGGAAAAGAUUUGAGAGACACGGUGAGAUUACAGUUUUAAACUUAAUCAAAAAAAUAAACAACACAUUUGCAUUUAUUCUGUUCAAAGACGAGUCUAGUGCUGCAAGUUCAGUUGAGGCCGAGAACCACUCGAUGCUCUGCGGUAAGACAAUGCAUGUGCAAUAUCGUGAAGUUCAAAUGCGUACAAAGAGCCUGAGGGGUGCUCAUGUUGCAUUAGCUCCGCCACCAAUCAAUAUAAGUAAAAGAUCGAUGGGGAACAACGAAAAAAGUAGGCAAUUUUUUUCCGGUGCUAAAACAAGGUUUACCAAUUUUACACUGAGUGGACUCAGAGGUCGAGGCUUUAGGUUGCUAAAGGGAAGGGAUGAACUGGAAAAUGAGAAUGAAGAUGGGAAAGAGAAAGAGAGAGAAAUAGAGAAAGGGGAAGGAAUGGAGAAAGGAGGCAACAAUUUACCAACUGUCCAUGACCAAAAAAGUGGCAACCAUAUCUGUCAAGCUUCUGACUUGAGUUUAAAAGAUGUCAAAGAGCAGAAGGAUAUAGAAAAACUAUACUUUGCUUCUCAAUCCAUAAAUCUGGAAGUUAAGGUUAGUAACAAAAAAGUUAAAGAAUCAUUUGUUAAAGAGGAAAGAGCCACCACUGCAACACUGGACAAUGUGAAUACCGAAGAUUACAAGUCGCCAUUGCUUGGAAUAGGAGGUGGAAAUAGAGAUGUGGGUACAUUUGAUACAGCGGCUAAUUAUAUUGCACCGCCCACUAGUGGAUUCCCUUUAUUCUACUAUGUUCCAGCAGAGAAUGUUAAUUUUGCCAACGCAAACGCUAUUCAUCCUCAAUCACCGCCAUUUUAUGGAAUAUACCCCCAAUAUUUUCCUCCUCAGUCUGCAUUCGAUAGCUUGGGACUCAAUAGAAGCACUUGUAGCGACUUUGCGCCAAUGGCUAAUGCCCAACAGCAGCAGCAGCAGCAGCAGCAAUCACCAACCCCACUACCACCACCACCACAUAAUUUUGUCAUGCCAAAUUUUAUCUACUAUCCAAAUGACGCAGAGGUUUUUUAUCGCAAUAAAAAAUAA